AUGGACAGAAGCGCUUAGGCGUCCAGUGCGGCCGUUAGAGCAUGCUCCCAAUGAGCCCCCCUGAGCCUUCUCCCUGCUCAUUCUUCCCACACGCAGAUCCAGGGCGGAGCUCUUGGCACCAUGAACCCCGCCAUUGGCAUCGCGCUGCUGCUGACAGUCUUGCAGGUGUCCCGAGGGCAGAAGGUGACCAGCCUGACGGCCUGCCUGGUGGACCAGAGCCUGCGCCUGGACUGCCGGCAUGAGAACACCACGAGCGUGCCCAUCCAGCACGAGUUCAGCCUGACCCGCGAGAAGAAGAAGCACGUGCUGCAUGGCACGUGGGGCGUGCCCGAGUACACGUACCGCGCCCGCACCAACUUCACCAGCAGGUACAACAUCAAGGUCCUCUACCUGGCCAACUUCACCACCAAGGACGAGGGCACCUACACCUGCGAACUGCGCGUCUCCGGCCAGCCAACCCAGAGCUCCCACCAGAACGUCUCUGUGCUCAGAGACAAGCUGGUCAAGUGCGAGGGCAUCAACCUGCUGGCUCAGAACACCUCGUGGCUGCUGCUGCUGCUGCUCUCACUGUCCCUGCUCCAGGCCACGGAUUUCAUUUCCCUGUGACUGGUUGGGCCCGUGGAGGAUCCAGGAAGCCUGGAGGCCCAGUGCAGAGAUCCUGCUUCUCUGAGGCUGCUGACCCCCAACCCCAACCCCUCGCACAGCUGGGGGAGAAGCGGGGACCCCGCCCCUUAUAAGGAACCCCAGUGCUGCAUGCCAUCUUCCAUGCCCGCACCCCGCCUCUUCACCCUGUCCGCACGCUGCCAGAGGUCUCAUCGUCCUCUUUUUCCCAAAGCUGCUUCUGUCUGAUUUGCUUAGGGCUUAUCCUUGUGUCCUGCGGGCGUUUAUGACAAGGGAAGCCAGGACGGGGAACUGAUGAAAAGUGAGGGUGGGGGAGGGGCAGUGGAUAGAGGGGGCCCACCAGGAGCAGAGAAGUCUGGGAGAGACCUGGAUGAGGAGGGGAAGGGGCUAGCCUGGCCCAGCACAGCCCUGCUCUGGCCAAGGCACCACCUCAGCAGCCAGGAGAGCACUUCAAGACCCAGAUGCAAGGGCACCGCCACGCAUGUGUGGCCCGGCACGCAUCUCCAGGAAUGAUCUCAGCUGGAAAAAAAAUGACUGGCCCUUGCCACUCCACAAGUCCCCCAGGGACCUGGGGCCAGGGACUCCACUUGCCAAGAUGCAGACUUGGCCAGAGGACGGGGUCCGAGGGUCCAUCGUCACCCCUGCCCAAGGCGGCUAGAAGCGGGAGCCUGCGUCCCUCACUGCGUGGGCCAGCCCUGUCAGGGUGGCAGAGGACGGCAAGCCUCCUCCCUGGCUGCCCCAAGCUCCCAAGAACCUCCGGAACCCUGACCUGGAGCUGCCAAGUCAGGCAGGUAACAUCCCAGAGCCUCAGGGAGUGUGACCCAAGUCUCCGGGAAAUGUGGGGGAGGGGUCUGCCUUCUCUUACCCAUCAGUGCCAGCCCUUGCUGCCCGGGACCUGAGCCUCUCAAGACAGCCCCCUGCCCUUUGCAGAGACCUGUGGGGGGCCUGAGGUGGGCCAUGGAGUGAGACCCUCCCAGGGAGAUGGUGGCUCCCCCAGCCCCCCACCCCUGCCCCGUGGUCCUGCCUGUCCUGUCCCGUGUGUAGUGCCAUCACAGCUUGUGACAUCUCACUGAGGAAGAAGAAAACUGCACAAUAAAAUCAAGUCUGUCCUCUG